CUUCAUUUGCAUAUUAUGGUCAACCCUGCAAUAAUCAUUCACUAUAAUGUAGAAAUUCUUGGGAAAGAAAAGACCUUCUUCAAAGAAACACUAUCGAAUGUGAAAAUGCCUCUGUUUACUGAUCAGUCUACAACGAAUGGUUAUGUUACGAUAAUUGGAGAAACGAAUGUCACAAGAAAUGCAGCACCAAAGGAAGAUAAUAAUGGUAAUCGAGGAAAGGAGAACAGUCCGCUGACAACAGACGGAUCAGAACCCGGAAUAUAUGGUGUAUGGAGCAGGGCUGUUGGAGGGUCGAGAAGCCCAAAUGCGAAGCUACUGUAUGGCCUUAUUUGUCUCUCGCAGUUAAUUUUGUUCAUGUCUUGGUCAAUAAUAGCUCCAUUUUUUCCACCAGAGGCAGCAGAGAAAGGCGCUAGUCCUUCACAAGUGGGACUUAUUUUUGGAAUUUAUUCCUUAGCUCAGUUUGUAAUAGCACCAGUUUGGGGAAAAUUAAUCCCUGUGAUCGGUGCACGGAUUGUGUUUAUUUCUGGCUAUUUUGUAUCAGCAUGUGGCAACAUCGCAUUUGGCUUUUUUGAUAGAAUGCCUCCUGGAAGCCCAUUUGUCAUCACGUCUCUGAUAGCCCGAGCAUUUCAGGGACUUGGAACAUCGGCGGUGUUUACUUCGUCAAUGACAAUGAUUGCCUACACGUUUCCACGUGCAGUUGGAAGAUUAGUGUUCAUGUUAUCUCCUGUUGAGAUUGGUUUGGUGUUUCUACUACUUGGUCUCGUAUACGGAUCUACGGCUCCAUUCUUCGGAUGGUUAUCCGAGAAACGCGCCUCGCCACGCUUACUAGUCAUUUGCGGUAAUGUACUCUUCUGCCUAGGUUACAUCAUGCUCGGCCCAUGGCCCCCAUUGAAUCUUAAAAGUUCUGUACCAUUGAUCUGUGUGGGUAUUAUAUUAGUGAGUAUUGCGUUUGGACUCGCCUUUUCCCCCUCCUAUCAAGACCUACUAGUCAGUGCAACUUUUAAUGGCAUGCCGUCUAAUCUUUCGACGUGCAGUGUGAUGUCAGCUUUGUUCAACAGUGCAUAUUCGCUUGGGUCGUUUCUUGGCCCAGUUAUUGGAGGAGGCUUGGUGCAGACACACAGCUUUGCUUUUAUGGCUUCUGUGAUCGGUCUAAUGAAUCUGAUUCUUGGGGGAGGCAUCAUCUUCUUUACGUCUUGGGAAUUUAAUUGUGGUAAAAGAAGACGGAAAUGCCGUAUUUUUAAAAGAUUUGAAUAUAAACCGAUUGAUGCAAACGACGAAGAGGUUCACUUACUUUCGAAUGAAAGAACACAGUCUCAUUGAUGGGAAGGAUCUCUAUACGACUACAUAAAAUGCUAAAGGCACACAGACUGAAAGCACAUAGGAUGAAGCAAACACCCUGACAUCAGAAAACCUUGGUAUCAACACACGUCUUCAGAAUAAAUCAUAGCGUUAGAACUCUUGCGUAAGAACUCUCGUCCGUAUUAGAAUAUCCAGGAUUCAGCUCAUUAAACACAGAGCAUCCUGGCGAUAGAGCAUUCGCCGUCAUUAUAACUCUCUCAGAACAUUGAUGGUAUCAGAACACACUGUCAUUAUUAUAUGACGUCAAAAUACUCUGACACAAGGAACCUGGUUUCAAAUACACAUCGUAGCAUCAGAUCAUCCUGGCGUCAGAGCAGUGGCGUCAGAACACCCUCUGUAAGACACCCUUUCAUGAGAACACGCUCUGUAAGACACCCUUUCAUGAGAACACCCUCUGUAAGACACCCUUUCAUGAGAACACCCUCUGUAAGACACCCUUUCAUGAGAACACCCUCUGUAAGACACCCUUUCAUGAGAACACCCUCUGUAAGACACCCUUUCAUGAGAACACGCUCCAUGGAUGAUCCAAAUGAUGAAUAUCGCAGUUCAUGUCCUUAAUACAAAGCAAUAACUAAACAGACAUUACUACAAGAACUAGAGCAUGAUGGAGAGAAAAUUAAAUGUAAUGAUGAUGAAGUGAAUGAGAGUGAUUAUUAGGCCUAUGCAAUUUUAGUCGUUUUAAUCAGUGAUAGGUAUCAUGAUGUUUUAUGCAGAUGCCAAUGAUAGUGAUUUUUUGAUUUGAAUUUAAGUUUUUAUAUUCAAGAUUUUAUGUUGUUGACACAAGAAUAACGUUUUAUGAGAAUGAGAAUGAUUAUUAUUCAAUUUUAGUCGCUUUUAUCAUUGAUUAGUGAUCAUGAUGUAGUGAUUUUUAUGCAGAUGCCAAUAAUAGUGAUUUUUUUUUUUUAUUUGGUUUUUAUUUUCAAGAUUUUACGUUGUCGGCACAAGAAUAAAGUUUUAGGAAUAUUAAUUUGCAUAUCGUAUUUAUAAAUUGUGUAUUAAGAUUGCAGGUGGUUAAUAAAGGAUAUAUUAUGGUUCAUGCCUUAUUUCGCCAAAAUGUCACAUGUCAAGCUUUAUCUUUCUUAGACGCCAGCAGAAACCAUUUAUUUUAUAAUAGUCUAUAACUUAUAAUAUUUAUAUACUGCAACAAUAGAAUAACGUAGGGGAAUAAUAUUUUAAAAGUAUACAGAUGCAAUGAAAGGUUGUUUUCAUUGCUUAAGUGCCAGUAUAUUAAAAUCGAACGUAUUUUGAGUUUUCUUUACAUUGAUGGUUCCUGUCAAAUUGUCACAUAAAUUGUCAUGAAUAUAAAGCCUAUUCAUAUUUUACUAUUAUGUUACUGUAUUCGAUUCUAAAGUAUAAAAUAUUUUACUAUAAUAUUAUUCGAUUGUAAAGAGAUAAAAUUAUCUAGCAUCAAAAAAAAUUUUUUUUUUGUUUUGUUUUGUUUUUCAUAAAGAUAAUUUUAUGGAGGUACAAAAUAAUGUUAUACCCCCACGGUUAGAUAUUGGAUGAACCAUUACUUUAUUUUAACGAUUACGUAAUAUUUUAGGUGUUUUGGUUUUGGAUUUCAGUGAUUCUGUUUUUUUGCUGCAGUGAUUCAUGGGCGCAUGAGCCUAAUAUUUGAAGCCAUGUUUACACAUAGGCCUAGGAUGUACAGUAUAUGAUUUCUAAAAAUGUGCUAAGAAGAACACUAUGUUUAAAAUGAGUGUUAUUUAUUUAUUGAAGUUUGUGGUAAAAAGAGAAUUGUUCCGGUGAUAAGAUAGCUCAGUGUUGUGUAAUUCACAAUAAAUAAUUAAAAUGCGAUACUGGUAA